AACUAUGGCCUUGCUGAAUGGUUUAAAGUAGAUCUGAUAUCUUGCUUUUCUGUAUGAAGCAUUCAUUACGGGACGCGCUACAUAAAAUAACUCAGACGAUCAUUUGGUAUUUCGCUCAAAUAUAUAUGAUCUUUUUCUGCCGCAAUCUAAACUGUAAGACUUCUCAUUGAAAUGAGAAAUAUCUUCAGGGUUCUUGAAUUCUGUGGAUAAAUUGGAAGCAUAGAAGAUGGCGGAACAAACAGAAAGAGCGUUCCAAAAACAGCCCACUGUAUUUUUGAACAGUAAAUUACGAACCUUGGGAAUCGGUAAGAAAGCGAAGAAGGAUGUACGUUAUGUUCGAAAUGUUGGGUUGGGGUUCAAAACACCGCGUGAGGCCAUAACUGGAACAUAUAUUGACAAAAAAUGUCCAUUCACUGGGAAUGUUUCGAUUCGUGGACGUAUACUGACAGGUGUUGUUGUGAAAAUGAAGAUGCAAAGAACAAUAGUAAUUCGACGAGAUUAUUUGCAUUUCAUUAAAAAAUAUCGUCGAUAUGAGAAACGUCAUCGUAAUAUGUCCGUUCAUUGCUCACCUGCAUUCAGGGAUAUAGCAGUGGGAGAUAUAGUAACAGUUGGUGAGUGUCGUCCAUUGUCGAAGACUGUACGGUAUAAUGUGCUGAAAGUAUUGAAGGCGUCGGGAGCUAAGAAAUCUUUCGACAAGUUCUGAUAAAAAUAUUUCCAUUUUUUUGUUGUUAUUUGACUUUGCAA